AUGCCCGUUGUUCUCCACUCCGCCAAACACCUUGAUGCACUCGUUCGUGUUCAAGUCCCACAUCCGCACUGUGGCAUCGUCAGACGAACUGAACAACGUGUUGCUCUUUGGAUGGAUCUUUACACACGUAACCCAGUCAGUAUGGCCCCGCAAUGUGUAGCAUGUCCGUGUCUCCACGUGCCAGACCUUGACCGUGUUGUCGGCCGAGCCAGAAACAAUCAGCUUCUCGUGGAAAUCCACACUCACAACGCCUUCUUCGUGGCCCGUGUAAGUGGAAAUACACUGACCGGUACGGUAGUUCCAAACCUUGAUCGUAGAGUCCAGUCCACCAGUGAUCAGCUUCUGGUCGUCAAAUGCCAAAGUACGCACACCUCUGGUGUGUCCGGUCAGCGUGCGGAUCAGCUUGCCGGUCUCGACGUUCCAGAUCUUGAUGGUCUUGUCGUAAGAACCAGUCAUUAG